AUGAGGAUCAUCGUUCUAUUAGCCGUAGUGUCAGCGGUCGCUGCGAGACCAGACGCUGAUUUUUACGAUAAAAAAUACGAGAACUUCAAUGCAAAGGAACUGGCUUCCAACGACAGGCUACUGCAUUCAUAUUCAUUGUGUAUACUGGGAAAAGGAAAAUGUACACCAGAAGGAAAUGAUUUCAAAGAUUGGACCCCCGAGGCAAUUCAGACUAAUUGUGGCAAAUGCACAGAAAAGCAGAAAUCUCUGAUUGCGGAAGUUAUUAAAGCAGUCCGUGAAAAGCUUCCCAAUGACUGGGAAGAAUUGACGCAGAAAUAUAAUCCUAGUGGUCAGCAUACAGAAGAUCUAAACCAGUUCAUUAAACAAUACGCACCCAAC